CGACGUUUAUCUUCGUGUGAUUUUUGUGCACAUAUUUUUAAAGCACUUAAAUAUCGAGCGUUUACACAAUUGUGACAUGCGUAUCUAUUUGAUUCAGGGGAUUUUAAGGAGAUACUUUAUAAAAUAAGAAUAAGUGUUAAAAAGUGCUGUGUUUGCCACUGGUGUCAAAAUGGUGUGCUUAAAUAUUUACAAGGUCGCCAUUCUCACAAUAAUUGUAUUAGGUAUUGUCGCAUUAACUCAACAAAGAAGUAUUAAAGAAAUAGAGCGACAGCCAUUUGAACUAGAUGACUUCUUAAAUCACACAUAUUCAGCGCUUUCGUUUAAUGGAACAUGGAUUUCAGAUUCUGCUUUCAUGUAUAAAACAUUCGAAAAUGACAUUUUGCUUUUUAAUAUGUCAACAAAGAGCAUUGAUCUAUUUCUGGACCAAAAAGUACUGGCGGAAUAUCCAACAGCAGAUUUAAGUUUGUCUCCGGAUCGAUCAUAUGUCUUGCUAAAGUACAAUGUCUCUGCUGUGUUUCGACAUUCAAUAACUGCCCUAUACACAAUAUAUGAUGUCGCUCAACAAAAAUUUUAUCAUCUUGCCAAUCAGAAUCCAUUGCAGUUAGUUGAGUUUGCUCCAGAGGGACAUGGCUUAGUAUAUGUUUUCGAGAACAACAUUUACUACAUCGAUGACUUUUCCAAGGACAUUGAAAAUCCCGUAGCUGUGACCGUUAUAGGGAUUCCAGGUGUUCUUUAUUGUGGUGUACCUGAUUGGGUUUAUGAAGAGGAAGUAUUAGCUUCAGGUUCAGCGUUAUGGUUUUCACCAGAUGGCGCUUAUUUAGCUUACGCCGUAUUCAAUGACGAACAGGUCUAUAAUUUGUCCUACACUAUUUACGGAGAACCAGGAUCACCAGGAAGUCAAUAUCCGCAUGAAGCAGUUAUCAGAUAUCCAAAAUCUGGAACUCCGAAUCCAAUAGCCAGAAUUUACUUGUACGAUAUAGUAAAUAAGAACACAAAAGAAAUUCAGAUACCGCUUCAUAUAAGCAACGUCGAACCCAACGAUUUUAUAUUUUAUGGACUGACCUGGAUCUCUGCUGAAGAAUUAUCUUUAGUUUGCACAAAUCGAGUACAAAACAAAAGUUCCAUUCUAAGGUGUUCAACAAACGGCAGCUGCAAAGAAGAGAGUUCCCAAACAGAAAUCAUGGGCUGGAUAACCCCAACUGUACCAAUUUAUAGUAAAAACGGCACUCAAAGACUGGAGGUACUACCUCAACCUGAAGGAGAUGACAGAUAUGACCAUCUGGUGCUCACUGACAUUAAGACCAAAACAUCAAAAAGGCUGACACAUGGGAAAUUUUCUGUCUUAUCUAUAAUUGCCUGGAAUGAAGACACAGGUCUAAUUUAUUAUAGCGCCACUUCAGUCGAUUGUCCAUCUCAACAAAACUCGUACUCCGUGGAUGAAUCGGGAAAUAUCAGUUGUCUCACAUGUUUCUUUACUAUAGAUGAAACACCUUGCAAGCUUGGUACCUUAUUCUUUAGUACUGACUUAUCUUACUACGUAAAAAUGUGUCUGGGACCACAGGUACCUCUUGUAGGCAUCGAAAAUACCAAAGAUAGUGAGGACAUUCUAAUAUGGGAAGAUAACUUUAUUCUAAGAAUUGCUCUAGCCUAUAAGUUACAUCCAAAAGUUAGGGAUUUGGUGGUACCAAUAAACGAAGGAUUCUCAGCUAGAGUGAGAUUGUUAUUGCCUCCCAAUUUGGAUGAAUCUUCCAAUAAAAAAUACCCUACCAUUAUAGACACUUAUGGUGGUCCAGGGAAUAACCAGAUCAACGAUGCUUACAAUAUACAAUUUAAACAUUAUUUGGUUACAAAAAGAGAGUACAUAUAUAUUUACAUAGACGGAAGAGGCAGCGGAAGGGAUGGAUACAAUAAAAUGUUUGAUAUGUACAGGAGAUUUGGUACUGUGGAAGUGGAAGACCAAAUUCAGGUUACGAAGUACUUACAGGAGCACUUGCAUUAUAUCGAUGCCGAAAGAACAGGUAUUUGGGGUUGGAGCUAUGGAGGAUUUUGCUCCAGCUGGGCCUUAGCUAAAGACAAGGAUCAUGUUUUCAAAGCAGCCUUAUCAGUAGCUCCAGUUACAAGUUUUAUUUAUUAUGAUUCUAUAUAUACGGAAAGGUUUAUGGGACUACCAACACCAGACGAUAAUGAACAAGGAUACAACAACACUGAUCUCACCAAUGCAGUUGAAGCUUUCAGAGGAAGAAACUAUUUUAUAAUACACGGAACUGGUGAUGACAACGUCCACUAUCAAAAUUCCAUGAUGUUGGUCAAAGCGUUGGAACUGGCUGAUAUUGACUUCAGGCAACACAGUUAUCCGGACGAAAACCAUUCACUAGGGCACGUCUCCAGGCACCUGUACCAUAUGAUGGAUAAAUAUUGGGCUGAACAAUUCGGUGUCACAAACCCAACUGCCGAUGCGUGGUCUGCAAAAGGAGCGAAUGUAUUAUAAUUUAUUUAUAUUUUGUAAAAAACCAAUAAAAGUAUUUUUC